AUGCAGCAGUGGGGGCCGAGCCUUCUGCCUUUGCGCGGCCUCGAUCUCGAGGGCCGGACCCCGAAGGUGCGGCGCAAUGCGGCCGCUCCCUUUGCCGGCUGCCGAUGCAUUGAGGUUACGGCCGCCGAUGGCUCGGAGUGGCAGAUUCUGGCAGGGAAGACUGCCGAAGACAACGACCGCCUUUCCCUCAAGGAGGGCCGUUCUGACGAACCUUGGAUGCACGCAGCGGACGUGCCCGGCUCUCACGUCGUCGUUCGGCAGCCAGGAGCUGCCAAGCUGCCAGCGCCGAGCGAUGUUGUGCAAACGGCUGCAGGCAUCGCCGCCUUCUACUCGAAGGCCAAAGGGAGGCGCGUGAAGGUGCACCUGACGCGUUGCGGCCAAGUCAGCAAGGCCAAAGGAUCGCCGGCUGGCAAGGUGCUACUGUCGGGCAGCGUGGAAACCCUGCAAGUGUCGCCCUUGGAUCCGGCGAGCCUGCAGAAGCCGCAGACGAAGAAGGCGAAGAGUACCCAAGCCAAGAGAGCGCUCCUGGAUCCGGACAAGGAGGCAGCGCGACUGGAGAGCCUCCGAGCCUUUCGAAGGAAGAUGAACCUGGAACGUCGGAUCGACGUCUUGGACGAGAGGAUCCGCGCCGUGGAUGAGGAGAUGGCCCUUGCCGGCAGCGAUGCCGAGCUGGCGGCCGAGCUGUUGGAGAAGCGGCAGGCUUUGGAGACUGAGCAGAACACGCUCUUCCAGGAUUGGGAGGAGCUCGAAGAUGCCUCGGCGGGAGCAAGACAUGGAAAAAGACCUUGCCAUCAUUCUUGA